AUGGAGGGCACCGUGGCCCCACCCCCUGCGGUCGGGCAUCUCUCGGCAAAGGUCAUUGUGCCAUUUGAAUCGGCUCCGCUAGUGACGACGAUGCCCUCCCAGCCAACCACCAAGCACAUACCGCAGAAGCUGCGCGGACGGAACGAGCGUGAGAGGAAACGUGUCGAUCAGGUGAAUCAAGGCUUCAACCAGCUCCGAUCGCGAGUUCCCAAGCCACACGGCUGCAAGCAGAAGCUCUCCAAAGUGGAGACACUUCGAGAAGCCGCCCGCUACAUUGAGCAGUUACGGACGCUCUUGCAAGAGGGCAGCUACCACCCGGUUCAAGCUCCUCAACGACUAUUCGCUCAUCAACAACAGCAGCAGUACUACCACUCUCCCGACGUUUCUCCUUACUAUUCACAACCUAUGUCGAAGGCCACCGACUUCUCACCUGCUUCUUCCUACUACAGCGAUUCUUCCUUCGAAGAGCAGAAGUACGGUAACUUCAUGCAGUGA